ACGACCCGGAGGAGCCUGGCCGGGCCCUGACAGCCGCCGCCGCCUUCGCCGCCGCCCCUCGGCCGCCAUGGGCCCCGGGCGCGGGUGGUCGGGGCCGGCGCUGGCCUUGGCCCUGGCCCUGGCCCUGGCCGGCAUGAGCGCCUGGAGCCGCGCCAAGGUUUGUGACAGCGUCGACAUCCGCAACAACCUCACCCUCUUCAGCUCGCUGGAGAACUGCACCGUGAUCGAGGGCCACUUGCAGAUCCUUCUCUUGUUCAAGACCCGGGCGGAGGACUUCCGGGGCCUCACUUUCCCCAAGCUGACCAUGAUCACGGACUACUUGCUGGUGUUCCGGGUCUACGGGCUGGAAAGCCUCCAGCGUCUCUUCCCCAACCUCACCGUCAUCCGCGGGACGCGCCUCUUCUUCAACUACGCCCUGGUCAUCUUCGAGAUGGUCCACCUGAGAGAAGUGGGCCUCUACAACCUCAUGAACAUCACCCGCGGAGCCGUGCGGAUCGAGAAGAAUGACGAACUGUGCUACUUGUCCACCAUCGACUGGUCGCGGAUCCUGGACUCCGUCGAGGACAACUACAUCGUGGCCAACAAGGACGACAAGGAGGAGUGUGGCGACGUGUGCCCGGGCACCAUGCGCGGGAAGAGCAGCUGCCCCUCCACCGUCAUCAACGGGAUGUUCAUCGAGCGCUGCUGGACUCACGAGCACUGCCAGAGAGUGUGCCCCACCGCAUGCAAGUCUCAGGGCUGCACCCCAGAUGGCAAGUGUUGCCAUGCGGAGUGUCUGGGCAACUGCCUGGAGGCCGACGACCCGGAGAAGUGCGUGGCGUGCCACCACUACGUCCUGGACGGCCGGUGCCUGGAGACGUGCCCGCCCGGCUACCUCCACUUCCGGGGCUGGCGCUGCGUGACCUUCGACUUCUGCCAGGAUCUCUACAACAAGUGCAAGGUGGCCCGUGGGCUGAACUGCCACGUCAUCUACAACCGCGAGUGUGUCCAGGGCUGCCCGUCCGGCUACACCAUGAACUCCAGCAACCUCCUGUGCACCCCCUGCGCAGGGCUCUGCCCAAAGGUUUGUGACUUCGGCAAAGAAAAGGUCCUCGAUUCGGUGACGGCCGUGCAGGAUCUCCGAGGCUGCACCGUGGUGAACAGCAGCUUGAUUAUCAACAUCCGCGGAGGAAGUAACAUCGCUGCAGAGCUGGAGGCCAACCUGGGCCUGAUUGAAGAGAUCUCGGGGUUCUUGAAGAUCCGCCGCUCCUACGCCCUGGUCUCCCUGUCUUUCUUGCGCAAGCUCCACUUGAUCCGUGGGGACGAUUUGGAAGCGGGGAACUACUCCUUCUACGCCCUGGACAACCAGAACCUUCGCCAGCUCUGGGACUGGACCAAGCACAACCUCACCAUCGCCCGCGGGAAGCUCUUCUUCCACUACAACCCCAAGCUGUGCCUGUCGGAGAUCCACAAGCUGGAGGAGAUUUCGGGGGCGAAAGGGCGCCAGGAGAAGAACGACAUCGCCCUCAAGACCAACGGGGACCAGGCCUCUUGCGAGAACGAGGUGCUCAAGUUUUCAUACAUCAGAACCUCCGACAACAAGAUCGUGCUGCGGUGGGAACCCUACUGGCCGCUGGACUUCCGCGAUCUCCUGGGCUUCAUGCUCUUCUACAAGGAAGCACCCUUCCGCAACGUGACCGAGUUCGACGGGCAGGAUGUCUGCGGCUCGAACAGCUGGACGGUGAUCGACAUCGAGCCUCCGCCCCGGCCCAACGACGUCCGGUCCAUCGGCCACCCCGGGUUGCUUCUGCGGAACCUGAAAGCCUGGACUCAGUACGCCAUUUUCGUGAAGACGCUGGUCACCCACUCGGACGAGCGCAAGAGCUACGGGGCCAAAAGCGAGAUCAUCUACGUCCAGACCAACGCCUCUGUGCCAACCGUCCCCCAGGACCCGAUUUCCGUCUCCAACUCUUCGUCUCAGAUCACGCUGAAGUGGAAGCCCCCUUCCGAACCCAACGGGAACAUCACGCACUACAUGGUGUCCUGGGAGGAGCAGAGUGAAGACAGCGAACUCUACGAGCUGGACUACUGCCUGAAGGGCUUGAAGCUUCCCUCCCGGACGUGGUCCCCUCCGCUGGAGUCGGAAGACGCCCACAAGCACAACCUGAGCGACCACGAGGACGUGAGUGGGGACUGCUGUCCCUGCCCCAAGACGGAGUCUCAGAUCCAGAAGGAGCAGGAGGAGUCUGCCUUCCGGAAGAUGUUUGAGAACUACCUCCACAACGAGAUCUUUGUUCCAAGGCCAGCCCGGAAGCGCAGGGAUCUCGGCAGCGUGGCCAACAGCUCUACCGUGGCGUCUCCCACCGUCCUGGUCUCGCUGAACGGCUCCUCUCCCAUCCCCGAAAGUCCCGAGAGGCCGCGUCCCUUUGAGGUGAUGGUCCUGAAGGAGACGGUGGUCAUCUCCAACCUGCGGCACUUCACGGGCUACCGGAUCGAGAUCCAGGCCUGUAACCGCGACGCCCCGAAGGAGUGCGGCAUUGCCGCCUACGUCAGCGCCCGGACCAUGCCGGAAGCCAAAGCGGACGACAUCGUUGGCCCUGUGACCCACGAGCUGCUGGAAAAGAACGGCGUCCACCUGCACUGGCAGGAGCCCAGACAGCCCAACGGGCUGAUUAUCCUGUAUGAGGUGAAUUACCGGCGCCUUGGAGAGCCAGAGUCGCCGCCCCACUGUGUUUCCCGCCGGCAGUUCGCCCAAGACCAGGGCUGCAAGCUGAAAGGCCUACUGCCGGGCAACUACAGCGUGCACGUCCGAGCCACCUCCCUGGCCGGCAACGGCUCCUGGACCGAGCCCAUCUACUUCUACGUCCACGACACCGCCACCAGGCCCACCGACCUCGUGGCCAUUAUCGUCCCGACCAUUUUCGCCGUCCUCCUGUUUGUGAUCAUCGCGGGCGGCUUCGUCUUGUUCAAAAAGAGGCAAACGGAAGGACCCACAGGGCCGCUCUACGCGUCCUCCAACCCAGAGUACCUCAGCGCCAGCGAUGUGUACAUCCCGGAUGAGUGGGAGGUCCCCCGGGAGAAGAUCGCGCUCCUUCAGGAACUGGGGCAGGGCUCCUUCGGCAUGGUGUAUGAGGGCAUCGCCAGAGACAUUGUCAAGGGCGAGGCCGAGAUCCGGGUGGCGGUCAAGACGGUGAACGAGUCGGCCAGCCUGCGGGAGCGCAUUGAGUUCCUCAACGAGGCGUCCGUCAUGAAGGCCUUCAGCUGCCACCAUGUGGUCCGCCUCUUAGGGGUGGUGUCCAAAGGGCAGCCCACGCUCGUGGUCAUGGAGCUGAUGGCGCAUGGCGAUUUGAAAAGCUAUCUGAGGUCCCUGCGUCCGGAUUCAGAGAACAACCCCGGCCGGCCGCCUCCGACACUCCAGGAGAUGAUCCAGAUGGCCGCCGAGAUCGCCGACGGCAUGGCUUACCUGAACGCCAAGAAGUUCGUCCACCGGGACUUGGCCGCCCGGAACUGCAUGGUGGCUGAAGACUUCACCGUCAAAAUUGGAGACUUCGGCAUGACCAGGGACAUCUACGAGACGGACUACUACCGCAAAGGAGGCAAGGGCCUGCUGCCCGUGCGUUGGAUGGCCCCGGAGUCGCUCAAGGACGGCGUCUUCACUGCCCACUCAGACUUCUGGUCUUUCGGUGUCGUCCUCUGGGAGAUCAGCAGCUUAGCAGAGCAGCCUUAUCAGGGACUCUCCAACGAGCAGGUCUUGAAGUUCGUCAUGGAUGGCGGCUGCCUCGAGCGGCCGGAGAACUGCGCCGAGAGGCUCCACAACCUCAUGCAGAUGUGCUGGCAGUACAACCCCAAGAUGCGUCCCACCUUCGUCGAGGUCAUUGAGAUGCUGAAGGACGACCUGCACCCCACCUUCCGCGAGGCCUCGUUCUUCUACAGCGAGGAGAACAAGCCGCCCGAGACGGAGGAGUUUGAGCUGGACUUCGAGAACAUGGAGAGCAUCCCGCUGGACCCGUCCUCCUACUCGCAGCGGGACGAGGUGCUGGGGCGGGACAACGGGCCCUCGGUGGGCCUCAAGGGGAACUACGAGGAGCACGUCCCUUACACUCACAUGAACGGGGGCAAGAAGAACGGGCGCAUCCUCUCCAUGCCGCGGCCCAGCCCCUCCUAAGCGCCCCUCCUCCUCCUCCCCCCGGGCUUUGCCCCCCCCUCUCUCGCCACGAAUCUCAGGACCCGGCAGGAUCGCUGACGCAGCCGACGAGACGCACGGACUCGCUUUCUGUUCACGUUUUUAAGGACCUUUGGGGGGCAGGGGAGGGAAGGCCGGUCUCGUCCGUGUGUCUCUGUGCGUGUUGUUUUUUUGUUUUGGUGCCAAGGUUGACUCGCUGUCGGCGGACUUCAUCUGUGAAACACAAAUGGACAAUUCUGUUGCUGCUGAUUCCUCCCUGCACCCCCCUCCCUUUCCGCAUAACUCUGGUUCUGUGGCAUGAAGUGGUCGCUUCGCGCCAGGACUUCCGCCUGCCUUUGUCCCCGGCUAAAGGAAUCGGGGCUUCUCUUCCCCGGUGGAGGGGAAGAAGGCCCUGGACUGGAACCGCCCCCCGAAGCUUUCCUCUUCUGCCAGCCUCUUUGCCCCAGGACUUAUUGUCAUUUUACUUUCUUUUCAAAGGCUGAAGGGUCACCACGAAGCGUCAAACACGGACUGUCUUUUUCCUCCGAUUUGACCAACAAACUGCUGCUUUUCUUCUUAAUGGGUUAACCCUAGUGAGUGGGUGGGCGCGCGUGCAGCUCACGCGUGGAGCGAAAGUAUUAGAUACGUGGAAGCAUAUAUGUGAGAAUGAGUGCGUCCUUUUGUACAUAACCGUUUUAUCUAACCACAGAGGUGAGAGAGCGUGUCGCAGUCCUCUUCGUCUGACCCUCCCCUUCCCCCGGCAUGAAUGAAUUCUGAAUAGAAUAUUUUUAUACUGAAGAACUCUUCUGGGGUUGUUGGGGUCCCAUCCCCGUACCCCUACACCCACCCCCCUCCGAUUCAGCAAAACGAGGUAGCCAAAGCAGUAGCCGACGUCCCUGCCGAGGAUCUUGGGAGAACAGGCAAAGGACGAAGCGAAGCGCAGCGAGCCGGAUCCUCUCCUCCGCCACUUACCGUUCCGUUCUCCUCACUCUAGAGCUUCGUCCGGUUAGCAUCGACGUGUAUAUAUGUUUGUUGUGACCUAUUUAAAUCUUAGGUAGUGAACCUCCCUAUAAAUUAUUGACGCCUUUAAUGAUCCUUUCCUUUCCUCCUCCUCCUCCUCCCCUUCUUCUUUUUUGUCUUUUGGGCUCCUUCCAGGGGAAAGGAGGUGGCGGCGCUUGCCUGCUUUCGGCCUUAGAAGGGGGGGCCCUUUGCCCCACCCACCCCCAGCUGGUCUUGGCAAGUGAGCCGCUUAGGAGCUAGGAAGCACAAACCUGUACUUCCAGACUCGAGGAAUCGCGUGGGGUGUGCGUGGUUGGUUGGUUGUUUUGAUUAAAACUCAUGGUUGUGCGAAGGCUUUGGGCCCUGCUGCUUCUCGCGGCCGGGGAGGCUGUGGAGAGAAGCUGCCUGGCUUGGCUGAUCUCCCCGCUUCCCUUCGCCCUCCCUCGCCUUCUUUCUGCCUUUCUGCACGUGCCUUCUGGCCAGCGCCUGCAGCUCUCGGCUAUCAGACCUUCUGAGCUGGGGAAGGGGCCCAGAGCAAAGCUAGCCCAGUGAAGGGCAGCCUUCAAUGCCAGUCCAAGUGCCAUUGCGCUCUCCUCCUCCUCCUCCUCC